AACUGAUUUUUAAAAUUUUCAAAAAUUACAGCUAAUCAAUUAAAGAGAGAAAGAACCGUGUUGUUUCCUUUUAUCACGACAAAGCUACAGAUACGAAGAAUAAUAAUAAUUAUGUGUGGUUGUUGUUGUUAUUAUUGUUACACUUUCACUUUGCUUGUGUUCUGAAACUCUCAAUGUUUUAUUUCCACAAAGCUUCGCGUGCUACGAGGAAUGACAAUGGCAGUGUUGAUAAAUUCGUUGGGGAUUCUGGGCAAUCUCGUAUUCUCGAUAGGAGGCUCACGAGGCAGAGGAAGAUCCGGCACGCCAGUGAUCGAGAACUCGGGUUGAGAAGCAGAUCCAGUGAUGGGUGUGGGUCGUCGGACCCGCAUCCGACCGACUCGACCCGAAAGUCUCGGACGCCUAGUGGAACCGAAUUCGAAUCGGUGCACUGGUCUUUAUCGGCUGUGCCACAACCUUUGCCUCCGCUUCCGGUCCUUGUUUCAUUGACUCGGAAAUCGGAGUCAACGGGUCAGGCUGGUCAUCCCGGAUCACCUGAUGAAGCAAUCGGACCCUCGGUGAGGAGGAACCACACUGACAAUGUUGUCACAAGCAAUUGUCCUAUGAAACUCUCUCAGGAUGUAAAUGUUGGACGUGGUAAUCGAAACUUGACUGUGAGAAUUCCGGUCAGGAGCGGUUCAACAAAUGAUGUAUUAAGUCCUGCUGUUAGUCCACAUUUAAGACCAAAGAGUCAGGAGUUUUUUCCUCCUUAUGUUACCACAAGUUCGGCUAAAUCUUCAACCAAUUAUCAUAAGGGAUUCUCUCCUCAAGAUCUAAAUGUUGAAGGUUGCAAACGCAACUCCAGGCAGAAAGUUCUUGUCAAGAGUGCUCCGGCAAGUGGCUUUUCGAGUCCUAAUGUAAGCCCACGAAAAUCAGACUAUGGGGAUCUCUUUCCCUCUAUUUUGGCUUUUCAAAAAUUUCAGGAUGGGAUUGUUGGGUCUUCUUCAAAAGUGCAACCAACGAAAACCAUGAGAAGUCCUGACCAGUCACCUCGAUGUAGCCCAACAGGCCAAAGUCCCCAUCUCACCCCUAGUCCAAAGAGAUCUGCACUUGCCUCACAUCAUAAAUUGCUGUUAGAUGGUCAUAUGGAUUGGCCUGAAAGUAUUAAUCAUGUCAGUGCCCACCCUUUGCCUCUUCCUCCAAGAGCUACAUUAUCAUCACAAUCAUCCCCGCAAUCACAUUUAAGUACCACCCAUCACAUUGCAGAACAACCACACAUGUCAUCUUUUAAGGGUCAAUGGCAAAAAGGAAGACUCAUUGGACGUGGUACAUUCGGAAGUGUUUACCUUGCAACGAACCGAGAGACUGGAGCUUUGUGUGCCAUGAAGGAAGUUGAUCUGAUUCCUGAUGAUCCUAAAUCUGCUGAAUGUGUAAAGCAAUUGGAGCAGGAAAUAAAAAUUCUCGGUCAAUUAAAGCACCCAAACAUAGUGCAGUAUUAUGGAAGUGAGAUAAUUGACGAUCACUUUUACAUAUAUUUGGAGUAUGUUCAUCCUGGGUCAGUCAACAAAUAUGUACAAGAACAUUUUGGAGCUAUGACUGAAUCUGUAGUUCGCAAUUUCACUCGCCAUAUCGUCACUGGGUUGGCUUACUUGCAUAGCACAAAGACUAUCCACAGGGAUAUCAAAGGUGCUAAUUUGCUUGUUGAUGCAUCAGGCGUGGUUAAGCUAGCAGAUUUUGGGGUAGCUAAGCAUCUUACAGGACAAACUUAUAAUCUUUCUCUGAAGGGCAGUCCAUACUGGAUGGCUCCAGAGGUCAUGCAGGCUGCAUUGAAUAAAGAUGCCAACCCUGACCUUGCAUUGGCUGUUGACAUAUGGAGUUUGGGCUGUACCAUUAUUGAAAUGCUGAAUGGAAAACCUCCUUGGAGUGAUUUUACGGGGCCUCAAGCUAUGUUCAAAGUUUUGAACAGAACUCCACCCAUACCAGGAACAUUAUCCUCAGAGGGAAAGGAUUUCCUUCAUUGUUGCUUUCGCAGGGAUCCUGCAGAGCGACCAACAGCUAUGAAGCUACUUGAGCAUCCUUUUGUACGAAAUUCAUAUGAUCAAAAUGUUGCAGUCUCCAUGCAGGCAUUUUCUGCAAUUAAUCUAACGGAGAAACCACAUACUGUAGGAGAUGGCACUAGGCAUAAAGAUCAGAUGUCAUUCUCUCCUGGCACACAGAUUGUGAAUGGGAAACGCCCAUGUAGUAGAGGGACCUGCCAACAUUGUAAUGCUAAAAUUUAUAACUGCACUGAGGCUUUCCGUCAUCCUUCUUCCACUAUGCAUCAAGUCCGGACUUCUCUCCCUAACACACAGUUGAUUAAUAGUUCACAUAGCUUCACCCUUUCUUCAAAUAUUUCCAGAAUGUGCCCUUAGGUACUGUGAACAACCAAUUGAUUCAUGGUUCACAUAGCUUCACCAUUCAAAUAUUUCCAACAAUGUGCCCUUAGGUACUGUGAACAACCAUCCGUGUGCACUUUAAGGACCCAUGGAAAGGAAAUCCCAUACCUCUGAAAUACUUUUGUAGCUAACUUAGGUCGUUAGGAAACUAUGGUACUUAUGGAUAAAGCUGGAAAGAGGCCAGAGGUCGUCUGGAAAAGUUGCAGCCUGCAGGGACCUGUAAUGGAAAUUUUUUCAUUACCAUUUAGAGAUUUCUUUUGUACCUUGCAUCCAAAAGAGGUUCAAUUUACCAUCAAAUGAAUCUUUGAUACCUCUUUUGAAGUUACAAGCCCUUUUUAGGAGGAAAUCUACAUGGCUGGAAAUUGGAAUCUUGUCAUCUUAUAUUCUUUACUAAAGCUUAAGGCUUUAACUAACACGGGGCGUUCAUACUUCUGUAAUUGAUCUCGAACAGAUAGAGAACUUGGUAGAAAAAUUAGGAUAAUGUUGUCACAUAAUAGAUAACCGAAAGUUGACUUAAUCUGUAAAUAUUGAGGCUCCAUCCUCUUUCAAUUAAUUCAUUUUCGAUAGAUCGUUGUUUCAAUUAAGCUGUCUGCAUGAUGGCUGCUUAAUCUCUUUUCUUACAUGUAAAUUUAUUGUCAUUUUCUGUAGAACUGACAGUAUCACUUGGAACAGAAAUUUAUUCCAAAAUAAACCUUGUUCUUUUUGUUUUUUAA